GAAUGGUUACAUAGACGAGUUCACGAAAGCUCUUGAACCAUUCAUGAAGGUAACUUCAUCUUCUUCUUCUUCUUCUUCGUAUUCCUCCUUUUCAUCAAACCCAAAAACUUUAACCACUAAUAAUAACCAAGCCUUACCGGAAUCUAACCAAACCGGUCCGAUUGGGCUAAACCAGCUCACUCCAACUCAAAUCCUCCAAAUUCAAACUGAGUUACAUCUCCGGCAAAACCAACCUCGUCGUCGCGCUGGUAGUCAUCUUCUCACCACUAAACCAACCCCAAUGAAGAAAACCGACGUAGCAACAAAACCGGUUAAACUAUACCGAGGCGUAAGACAACGGCAAUGGGGUAAAUGGGUAGCUGAGAUUCGGCUACCUAAAAACCGAACCCGGUUAUGGCUCGGUACGUUCGAAACGGCCCAAGAAGCUGCAUUAGCUUAUGAUCAAGCUGCUCAUAAGAUCAGAGGAGACAACGCUCGUCUAAAUUUCCCCGACAUUGCUCGUCAAGGACACUAUAAACAGACAUUGUCUCCUUCUAUCAACGCAAAGAUCGAAUCAAUCUGCAAUAGCUCUAAUCUUCCUCUGCCUCAGCUCAGGAAACAGAACAAAACAGAGGAGGUGCUCUCUGCUUUUCAUUAUACGGGUCAUGAACCGGAAUUUGGGGAGAUGUACGAAUCCGGGUUUUCGGGCUCUUCUCCUGAGUCGGAUAUAACGUUGUUGGAUUUCUCAAGCGACUGUAUGAAAGAAGAUGAGAGUUUCUUGAUGGGUUUGCACAAGUAUCCUUCUUUGGAGAUUGAUUGGGACGCUAUAGAGAAACUCUUCUGAAUCCAUUUGAGCUUCUUAAUUCAUUUAUUUCUAAAUUUGCAGAGCUUUGUAAUGGAAGUUCUUGAUCUUGGCAGUUGCAGAGGACCAGUGAACAUAACUCUG